AAAUUGUGUUGCGUGUGGAAAGAAAUCAGAAGGAUUAGUGAAAUUGCUUCCUCAUUUCGAAUCCUCAAGAGAAUACGAGUAUAUCCAUAAAAAGUGCCUAUUAUUUUACAAAUCUGAUUGGAAUCAUCGGUUGGCAGUCAAUAAAAAAUUAUUUUACAAGGAAUACUUGUAACAUUGUUAAAUAUGUGGGAAAAAAAACUAUAAAUAAGUUGUUCGUUGUUCACAGAGGUAUAAUUAGAAUGUGUAAUUCGUAAAAGUUUAUGUAAAAAGAGCUUUCACUUUGAUUGUGUAGACAACCCUAUAAUAUCUAAGACUGAAGAGAAUGGCCACCGCCCUCCUUAGUUAUUGAUAUUUUGUUCAUACCAUGAUUCAAUCGAAAAUGUUGUUACAGAUUUAGAUGAAGCAGUGAAUUCUCUAUAUAACUCUUACAUAAUUUAGAAGGAAUAAUAAGAAGAACCACAUUCACAUCAUAGAUCUAAACAUAAAAAGAAGCAUAAAAAGAAGCAUAACCAUAAAAGAUCUCGUUCCUAUAGAAAAAAAUCAAGGCAUUCAAGUAAAAAUUGGAAAUUUAGCGAUGGAGAAGACUCAGAAUCAAAAAAAUCAAUUUCUUAUAUUAUCUAACCUCCAUAACCUAAUAAAAGUCUUUUAAUAAUUUAGAAUAGUAUAAUAACUAAUGAUUUAAUCGUUUAAGCUCUUUCUAAAAAAUAAUAGAGUAAACCUCAAAUAGAAAUAGAAUCUUAAGUACCAUUGACAUUAAAUUAUCAAAUCUAAUAAUAAAAUCAUUAAUAAUAAUAACAAAUAAAGCCUUUGUUAUUACCUUAAUAUGAAUAAUAAUAAUAAUAAUAAUAAUAAUAAUAAUAAUAAUAAUAAUAAUCAUAGAUUUAAAUUGAAAAUUAGAAGAAUACAAUUAUUAAAUAAUAAAUAUAUCCUUAAAUAACUAAAAUUUCAUUAGAAGAUCCAGAAUUCCCAAGGUAAGAGAGAGAAACAAAAAGAGAUUAAUCUAUUGCAAAAUGGUGGGAUAAGAUAGAUGAUGUUUUUUUUAAUGGAGAAGAAAAAAUGCCUUAAACAAAUUUAGAAGAAUUUGAUAAUUUAUUUAAAUGGCAUGAAUAAACUUUAGAUUAAGAUCUAUUAGAUUACUCAGAUUAGAGUAAUUUUGGUAAAUCUUUGAAUUAUGAAUAGAACCAAUAAUUUAGUUAAGAUAUCUUUAUAGAGACUCCAUGAAUGUUGUAUUUCGAACUUCACAAUCUUCCUAUUAGUACACUAAUUGUAAAACAAUCUUUUAGAUUUAUACGAUAUAAUUUCACUGAUUAUAUUGGUCGAACGAAUACCAAAGGAUAGAUCCUUACAAAUCUUAGACUUUAUAGAUAUCCAUUAGAAAGUGUCCCUUUAUUAAGAAAUUUAUAAAUUUCUGAAAAUGAAGUACAAAUAUAAAUUUGCUAAAAAGGAGCCAGUAGGAAAAAGUCUUGUUUUUCAAGAAUCCUGUGAAUUAAGUUAAGAGGAUUUUGAUUAAUGUAUAAAAUUGGAAGAAAAAAUAAAAUCUUAAUAUUAACUUUUAGAAUUAUAAUUAGAUAUAGAAAAUGAGACAGUAGAAUAAUUAGAUAUUGUAUAUCAUGCAUUAAAAGAGGAUUUGAAUGAAAUUGUUUAGGAAAAUAAUAAAAUGAGACAAAAUAUAAAUAAUUAAAUUAUUAAUACUAAAGAUCAUGCAACUUUGGAAACUAUGAAAAAAUAAUAACAAAAAAUUAUGGAUUUAUUAAAAUGGUCAUAGAUUGUUAAAGCAUUUAUUAAUGGAUAUAAGGACAAAUAAAAAGAUGUUCUAAAUACAUUUUAUCCUUGUUUAAAUUUGAAUUCUCAAUCCUCUUAAAAAGCUGAAUUAAAAAAGAAAAAAAUACACUCAAAAGAAAAUUCAAAACCACUUGAUACUGAUUGCAAAAUAUGCUUUGAUUAUCAUUAUACAGAUUUUAAUCCAGUUAUUUAUUGUGGAAGAUGUUCAACUUCAUUUCAUAAAAUUUGCUAUUGUUUUAUAGGAAAUUUAGAUGAAUAAGAUGUUCUUUGUGAUGCAUGUUAAUUUGAAUAAAAUAAAUUAAGUAUUACAAAAAGAAGUAAUCUAUUAUAUUAUUUUAGAUUAAGCAAAAUGUAGAAUUUGUAAAAAAUUAGGACUUCCAUAAAAAUAAAUUGAUAAUUAAUUUUAUCAUGUUUCUUGUUUAUUACUAACAAAUUUAGUUAUUAUAAAAAAAGGUGUUUAUAAAUUGAGAAAUAAGAGUGAUAUUAAAUAAUUUUGUAAAGAUAAUGAAACAAGUACUCCUUAAUGUGCUAUUUGUGGUGAUGUCAAGGGUAAACAUUUUUUAUCAUUAUAGGAUUUCGAUUUACUUGUUUUGGCAAUGAAACAAUACCUUGUAGACAUGCAUUUCAUCCAUUAUGUGCAUACCUUCAUGGACUCACUAUUGAUAUAGAAAGUGAAGAUAUAGAAUAAUGUUUUACAGAAUAAAGAUUUGGUUAAUUGAAUGUCCAAAUUAAAUGUGUAUUACAUUGUGGAAAAGAUUUACAAGAUUUAUUACAAUAAACUUAUUAUAGGUAAUUUUUAUUUAUAAUUAUGUUUAGACGAUUUGCAUUAAAUUAUGAGUAAGCAGCCUAAUGUGGAGGUUAAGAUAUAUUUUUAGAAGGUUUUAAAACAACAAAAGGAUACAAAUAUUUAUACUCUAAAUAACCAAUAUCGAAGAAUGACUCUUUAUUAUCAUAAAUAUAUAAUUAAAAUGGAACAACAACAACAAUGAUGUGA